GUAUGCGGCGAUCAAGAUGUUUCAUUGGCGGAUGAUCCUCAGAACUCUUCGGAGCAAGCGGUUUUCAUAUGUCAGCGAUGUGCCGCAGAGCAAGGAUGGUUCGGAGACGUCAUCUCCGAGCCGCUAACCGCGGAGGAGGACACCGCAACCGAGAUCAGUACUCAAGUCGGGGGCGAUCUCUCGGAGGAUGAGCGUGAGGACAGUGCUUCCGUGGAGAGCAAGAUCCAUUGUGACUCCUUCGACGAGGCUGUUCUCUGUGAGUCCGGGCUUCGUGGUUUCGAGGAUUCUGAGGUCGACCCACGUGAGGAGGCGCCACAGCGAGACUGGCACAUACCAGACAACAAGUUCUGGGGCAUUCACAACCGAAUUUUCGCCCUGUGA